UAUGUUAUUGUUCUAAUUUAUGGCAGAAGUUAAAUCUCAUAAAAGGUGACCUUAUAAACUGGAACAGAAGGAGUGUUGAAUGACGCAGGGAAAAUAACUGAAAAUAGCCAUUAAACGUGUAACUGAUGGCAAUGUGGUACAGUAUCUCUAAUUGAUUCGACGAUUUUUGCCAUCUUCCGUGCGAAUGCAACACGGAGGCGUUCGCCAGGAUUGGGCCUGUGGCGGACGUUCGCCAGAUAACAUUUCCCAGGUUCAAACGAAUCCAGCAACAGAGGUGGCUUGGUGAUCCAUACAGGUGAGCGCUGCAGCCCAGACACCAGAGUCGAAACCGAACCCAAAACUAGCGUCCAAAACCAAGGUGCGCCGCGCAGCGGAAAGCUUUUCGCCAAAAACAAAAGCGAAAUUUCUCUGCACCCAGGCGGCCAGGCCUCAUCAACGGACUGGAUAAAGAGAAACCCCCACGCGCUGCGCGCGGCCACGACGCGGAAACCAGGCCAGAAACCCCCCCGAGUCUGGCGAUCUGUUGGUCACGCCGGCCAUUCCUGCUCGCCUCCACGCCACGCGGUGACGGCUAGCCGCCCUCGGAUAAGCCAUUAAAGCCGCCGCCGCCGCGCCUCGGUUCCGACGACGCCUACUUCGAUUUCCUUCCGAGGAAAACCCUCUUCCGAUCGCCGGGGGCGCCAUGCGCACCAAGCACCUGAUACCCAACCACGCCGCGGGUCUCACCUACGCGAACGCCUACGCCGCCGCCCCUCGCGAGAGCCACGGCGAUGGCGGCGGCGCCGUCGACCCGUUCGAGGCCUUCCCCGACGCGGUCCUCGGGCUGAUCGUCUCCAAGCUGCCCUUCAGGUCCGCCGUCGCUGCGUCCGCCAUCUCGCGCCGGUGGCGCGGCGCGGUGGCCGCCGCGCCGGAGCUCGACCUCGACUUCGCCGCGGCGUUCCCCGCCGCGCCCCGCCGCAGGACGGCAUUCGCGGCCGCCGCCACCGCCGCGCUCGCGGGCUCGCGGCAACGCCCGCUCCGCCGCCUCCGCCUCGCGCUCGACGGCUUCUUCGACCAGGUCUUCGCCGCCUCCGCGGCCAGCCACGUCGCCUCCUGGCUCGACGCCGCCGCGGCGCGAGGCGUCGAGCAGUUGGAGCUCCACCUCCCGCGCUCCCGCCUCGCCGUGCUCCCUCCCUCCCUCCUCGCCUGCACCGACCUCACGUCGCUCACCCUUCGCCUCGACCACAACGCCCUUCCGCUCCCUUCUCUCUGCCCCCUCACCCACCUAUCCCGCCUGCACCUCGCCUCCAUUUCGCUCGUUGGCUGCGGCGACUUCUUCGAAGACCUCUGUUCUCACUGCACGCAGCUCAGCUGCCUGAGCCUUGAACAGUGCCAUAUCGGUGCACUCCGACUAGCCGGCACACCGCGGCUUCGCUCGCUUGACAUCGCCAGCUGUUCUUGGACGCAGCAGUCGUCUGUUGCCAUUGCUGAGAUGCCGGCGUUGCGCACUCUCCGCUACUCGGGUGCGAUGGCAAACAGGCACAUGAUCAAUGACGCCGAUUCCUUGGACGAGGUCGUUCUCACCAUUGAGCCACAAGUUAAGCUCCUGGAGCCUAAUCUCAGAGAGCUGCUUGUGUUGGUUGGAAACGUACGGAGCCUAGUGCUUUCGCCCUGGUGCAUUGAGCAAUUUGCGCAUCCUGAGGAAUGGUCGAAGGUGAGGCUAGAUAAGGUGAGACGGCUGGCAUGCAUAAUAGAGAGGAGGGAAGAAGGUGCUUUGUCCAUUGCACCAUUGCUUACGAGUUGCCCCAAUGUGCAACAACUUUCUGUGUCGGUCGUGCCAUCGCAGUCCAAGCGAAGACGGUGCAGUGACACUGGAGUUCAGUAUGGUGUUAUAGGUAGUAGAAGGAUGAUUGUCAGGAAUCUCAUGGAAAUUAGGAUGGAGUACAUUGAUGAGAGCAAGAGUGGGUUGGAUCUGGUUAAGCUUCUGCUCAAGAAUGCGCAGAUGUUGGAGAUGAUGACAAUUGUGCCUUCCAUGGAUGGCCUUGAUCAGGCCAAGUUCAGGCGCAGGGUUUUGAAGUUCAGGAAAGCUUCCAGGAAUGUCAACAUCCAGUUUUCUGCCACUACAUGAUGGAAUGCCUGUGUGUUAAUCGGUGAAGUUUCAUGUUUCAGUCCUUCAAGGAAGAAGUGUCUUGCCUGUCAUCAGUCAGGCUCUUCCAGUUUUGUUCGGGGUACUUUAAGAUCUAACUUGUCACAGAGAUGCUAACUGUCAUUUCAAUUCAUUGCCGAGCCUCAUUUAGCUUGAUUGUCCUAUAAGUUGGAAAUUUUCCCAAUUCUUUGGUGAACCAAACUACCUUACUUGAGAAACAUUAUCAGGUACAGGUACUUAGUUUCAUGAGCUAAAUCCCUGAAAAAUUAAUUUGAAGAAGCGUCUUCUACCA